AUCUCUUCUCCACUCCAAUCUAAGCAAUGGAGGAAUCAAUAAUCAACUCUUCUACAAGCAAUAGCUCUCACCACAACUACAAUGAAUUGAGCCAAAGUUUUUCUGAGGAGAGUAGCUGGACCAUGUACAUUGAAGAGUUCAUAAUGGCUUCAGAAAUGGAAAUUAGCUCCUCCAUUGAUGGAGCUCUGGAGAGCUCUUCCAUAAUCUCUGAUGCUUCAUGCAACAAAAUAAAGUUGAUGCUUAAGAAAAGAAAGAUGUGGGGGAAAUUAGAAGAUGAUGACCCUUUAGAAGACACUGCUAGUUCUCCUGUAAAUAGUCCCAAGGUUUGUGAUGUGAACAAGAUAAAGAAAGAUGAUAGGAGAAUGAUGUUUCAGGAAGAAGAAGAAGUUGGUUGUGGGAAAGAUAUGGUAGAUGAAUUGGGUAUAGUUGGUAGCACGACAAAUGAAUGUACAGAACUGAAGAAAAUGGGACUUUGUGUGGUUCCUUUGUCACUAUUUCUUGAUCAUGUUGAAUAA